GCUCCGCGCCCCGCCCGGCCGCAGCCCCCGCGCCGCCCCCAUGGUGCUGCCCGGCCCGGCCGGCAUGGCCCGCUCCGAGGAGGUGCAUCGCCUCACCGAGAAUGUCUACAAGACAAUCAUGGAGCAGUUCAAUCCCAGCCUCAGGAAUUUCAUUUCUAUGGGGAAGACCUAUGAAAAAGCCUUAGCAAGUAUGACCUAUGCAGCAAAAGGAUACUUUGAUGCUCUGGUUAAGAUGGGAGAGUUAGCCAGUGAGAGCCAAGGAUCUAAAGAAUUGGGAGAUGUCCUUUUUCAGAUGGCAGAAGUCCACAGGCAGAUCCAGAACCAGCUGGAGGAGAUGCUCAAGUCCUUCCACAAUGAGCUCUUGACACAGCUGGAGCAGAAGGUGGAGCUGGACUCCCGGUACCUGAGUGCUGCACUGAAAAAAUACCAAACAGAGCAAAGGAGCAAGGGGGACUCGCUCGACAAGUGCCAGGCAGAGCUGAAGAAACUUCGGAAGAAGAGCCAAGGCAGCAAAAACCCCCAGAAAUACUCGGACAAGGAGCUGCAGUACAUCGAAGCCAUCAGCAACAAGCAGGGUGAGCUGGAAAACUACGUCUCUGAUGGCUACAAGACCGCGCUGACGGAAGAGAGGAGACGGUUCUGCUUCCUGGUGGAGAAACAGUGUGCGGUGGCAAAGAGUGCCAUCACCUACCAUGCCAAGGGGAAGGAGAUGCUGACACAGAAACUGCCACUGUGGCAGCAAUCCUGCUCGGAUCCCAACAAGAUCCCAGACCGUGCUAUACAGCUGAUGCAGCAGAUGGCUGCCAGCAGCAAUGGCACCAUCAUGCCCAGCCCUUUGUCUACAUCCAAAUCCAACCUCAUCAUCUCUGACCCCAUCCCUGGUGCCAAACCUCUCCCUGUCCCCCCGGAGCUGGCACCUUUUGUAGGACGCAUGUCGGCACAGGAGGCCAUGCCGGUGAUGAACGGAGUCUCGGGCCCAGACAGCGAUGGGUACAACCACUGGUCUGAGAUGAAGCCAGCACAGCCCAAAUCUUUAUCUCCUCCCCAGCCUCAGAAGCAGCUGAGUGACUCUUACUCCAACACACUCCCAGUUCGCAAAAACGUGACACCGAAAAACAGCUACGCCUCAGCAGCUGAAAACAAGACGCUGCCGCGCUCCAGCUCCAUGGCCGCCGGGCUCGAGAGGAACGGCCGGACAAGGGUGCAGGCCAUUUUCUCUCAUGCUGCUGGAGAUAACAGCACCCUCCUGAGCUUCAAGGAGGGAGACCUCAUCACACUGCUGGUGCCAGAGGCCAGGGACGGCUGGCAUUAUGGAGAGAGUGAGAAAACAAAAAUGAGGGGAUGGUUUCCGUUCUCCUACACACGGGUCCUUGACAACGAUGGCAGCGAGCGGGUCCACACGGGCCUGCAGCAAGGGAAGAGCAGCAGCACCGGCAACCUGCUGGACAAGGACGACAUCGCCAUCCCACCACCCGACUACGGCAUGGCUUCCCAGGCCUUCCAGGCACAAGGUGCCAACACCUUCAAGCAGCGGCCGUACAGCGUGGCCGUGCCCGCCUUCUCCCAGGACUACCUAAUGCCCUAUGGGUGUGCAAUUAAAGACUACCCCAGUGGCCUCUGCCAGCCGCCCUCUGCUCACUACAAGCCUUACACUAGGUCAACAGCUGGUCUCGAUGACUACGGGACGAGGUCCGUCAGCAGCCCCGAUGUUGAAGUGGCCAGGUUUUGAGGUGCCCCUGCCCGUAGUUAAAACCCCUUUGCCAACGUCCAGCUGAAGCCAACGGUGACGAACGACCGCUCGGCUCCCUUCAUCAGCUGAGUCAGGAGCUCUGGUGCCCGCCGUGCCACGCGGCACUCGCUGCCUCCUCCUCCUCACCACUGCAUGUCCAGCUUUCCAGGACUUCAUUUUUAGGCAGAGUUUAUUUAAUCCUGCUGCUUUCAAAGCCAAAGGCUGACGCUAGUGCCCUUCUUCUCUUCUCUAGACCCAGCUUAUUGCUCUCGGUGGCAGAGGGUUAGACCCCUGCCCCCUGGCCUGUCCUUUGGCCACACAGACCUCUUGUCAUGGCAGCGUGUCCCAGAGCCACUUUUACUUCUAAGCUUCGUGGCCACUUGUGUGGAGCCAGGAGGGACCCCUGGGACAGGCAGGAUCCCCUGUGCACACCAAGGAGGUGGUGGGAGCUGUAGGCUCCUGCCCAAGCCCCCUGGGAUGCCAGCAGUGGGGUGUCAGCACUGCAGCCCCCACAGGGUCAGGGAUGGUCCCAGAGCUCCUGCAGUACCAGGUCUCUGUAUAUAAUAGGGUGUUAUGGUACUGCUGUAAAAUAUAAGCUAGAAAAAAAAAAAACAAAACAAAACAAAAACAUUUUUGAAAGUGAGGGCUGUGUUUAAGUGUGCCUUGGGGUGUCCAGGGCUGCAAGGGGGCCCAGCAGUGGAAGGGGCACCCUGCUCCCCUCAGACAGGCUCUCCCAUCCACACCUCUUGCUUGGCUGGCUGCUCUUCCUCUAUUACUAGAGCUGCAUGAGAAAGAGAGAUAGAUAUAGAGAAAUAUAUAUAUAUACAUAUAUAUAUAUAAAUAUAUAUAUACCCACACACGUGCUGAAGUUACUGCUGGGAGUACCCCAGGAGCAAAGCUGUGCCUGGGCCGUGCUGCCACACCCAGAGCUGAGCCACAUGCCUGCCACAGGAACAGGGGUGAGAGUUUUCCAGGCAGGAACCAGAUCUCCCAUGGACAAGUGGUUGUGUGUCAGGCAGCGUGGGGGAUCAGCAACCUUGGAGGUUUCACCUUCUCCGUGGCAUCUUUCAUUUUGUACUUUUUAAUCGCUGGUGCGUGGCAGGUGCUUUGCUGAGCACCCAGACCUGUGGGGCACUGCCCGUGGGUGGGCUGCCUGCUGUUUCCAUGCCCACAGGGCUCUUUCCCAGCUGGAUGCAAUAGCUCAUCGCUGCCGUGGUCCCUCCAAUAGGAUUGGGAAGUGGCUUCUCCUGUGUCCGCCUGGGCUCCGUCUGGGAUCUUCCACCAUGUGGCUUCUUCCUCCCCCGGAGCUGGAGCAGAUGGAGGGGGGGGACAGGGGUGAGGGGAAGGGCUCCACUGGGGUGGGAGAGGGCUGGGGGCUCACAGCCUGGGGUGAGGGCAAGCCUGGGGUCCCCUCAACCACCAGACAGGUGUUGUCCUCUUCCACUCCCCUCCCAGGACCCCCAGGCAUCCACCCCAGGCUCCAGCCAGCCCUCAGCGUUCUGAUGCACCUCCUGGCUUGGUGGCACCUUCAAGAUGUAACCUGAAAUAAUUUUUUAUGAGAAAAAGUAAUUUAUGAGCAAUAAAAGUUGCCCCCCCCCCACUCCCAGUGUUUUCCUUG